UUCAUCCGAAAAAAUAGACAAAAGAAAUCCAUAUCGCUGAAUUCUAUAAAAUUAAUAUUGUACAAUGAAAUAAAGAGAUUUUAAGUUCAAAUCAUGCGAUUUCCCUCAAAUAAAACACUAGGAAAAAUUGCUGUUUAUGGAGCAUUUGCCUCCAUUACGGCUGUAAUGUACAUGCGUUAUAAAAUUGAAGAUAACAUUAGAAACUCUGAAUAUUUCCGAAUAGCACUAAAAACCCUAAGACAGCACAAGGGUGCGUCGAGUUUGCUUGGUGAACCAAUUAAAGAGCUUGGAUUUGAUUUAAGUGACAGCAGCAAUUUUUCUGACGGGCAAAUUGCCCAAUUUAUGGUUCAUGUAAAAGGUGUUAAAGAUAAAGGUAAAAUGUAUUUCUGGGCGAAUCGGACACCUGAUUCGAGUUGGUUCAUCGAUCGCUUAGAAUUAGAGUUGAGCUCCCAACCUGACAAACGUUUUCUUAUAAAAAAAUCUGAAACAAUGCAAACCUCAGUCAACGAUUAAGUUGUACGUUAAAACAAUUUUCUCAUUACGUUAACGUGAAGAGCACUAAUACCUAAGGGGGCCUCAUAGUGAGCGCUCAAAGCCGAGCCGAGCGCAUAGUUGGCAAAAGAGAGAAAUAUGCUUCAAAAAAUUAUUAAAAAUAUGUAUGUAGAUAUAUUAAGAAUAUAUUUCUAAGCAGCAGUAACGUUUGAUAAAUGUCAAAAAAAAAAGUUUGCUUCGAUAUUUUAUUGAUUAAAUUUUUAACUAAUAUA